CGCUCUGCCAUAUCGGACACGCGCUUUGGUUCCGCGCAUGCGCAGUCCCGUCUGAAUUUUGAAACAGAAUGGCGGUGCUGCUAGAAACAACAUUAGGCGACAUCGUAGUGGAUUUAUACACCGAGGAAAGACCCAAAGCCUGCUUGAACUUCUUGAAGCUGUGUAAAAUCAAGUACUACAACUACUGCCUCAUUCACAAUGUCCAGAGAGAUUUUAUCGUCCAGACUGGAGACCCUACGGGCUCUGGCCGAGGAGGAGAGUCCGUGUUCUGUAAGCUGUACGGGGAUCAGGCGCGCUUCUUCGAUGCUGAGAAGGUUCCACGGAUCAAGCACAAGAAGAAGGGCACCGUCUCCAUGGUGAACAAUGGCAAUGAGCAGCAUGGUUCUCAGGUUCUAAUUUUAUAUAUAUAUAAUAUUUAUAUAUUUAUAUACACGUUAGUUUAUUUUAUGAAGUUAACACUUGCAUGUCUUGUGAUAUUGAUUGAUUUUCUUCUCUGAUAAACAUAAUUGCUUUAGUUUUUGUGUUUUAUAUGUUAAUACGCUCAUCGUUAACGACUUAAUUUUAAAAUAAAUAAAUAAACAUAAUGUAUUGUGUUACUGUGUUUGUAAUUCUUUAUAUUAUCUGUCUACUGACUGCGUCCUUUACAGGAAUACAUCAACUGCAUGAUAUUAUUAAAUGAUUACGUUUUUCCUCAAAUGUUUUUCCAGUGAAGGUUUUAUUUUAUUCUGUUUUUUAUUAUUAUUCACGAACCAGGUUUAAUAAUGUCCUUAACAAGAGACGACUGUAGCUACCGGUUUAGCGUUACACAGACUGCAUGUCUAUAUCAUGACACGUUCCGCUCAAAAACAUUGUUUGUGUCAGUAAUACAGUUUCACAAAAUGCAGAGUAAAUUCUAUUACAGACAUUAAAUACCCAAACCAAAUCUCUCUCUGUCUGUCUUUACUGUCAUUACUGAUAAAAUAAAGUGUGUUGGGUAGAGUAGGAGUUCUGUGACACGCAGAAAUCAGUCUGAGAGUGUUUAGUCUUUAAUAUAAUGAUGGACUGAAUCUGAAGGAAGAAAUGGUUAACAGAGGAGUGUUUAUAAUCUCUCCGUCUUUGUGCUCCUCCUCCAAAACCACCUCCUCAUACACACAGAGAACCAGGAAGUUCAUUUCAAAGGCUGUUAUUAGAGUUGUUUACGAUUGCUAUGACAAGUUUUUCAAUACAUUGAACAAUUUUCCUAAAUUCUUAAGUUAGCACAACAUCCGUCUGUGUAGGCUGUACAAUUAACACAUUUCUUGUUGCUUUGACACAAAACGCAUACAGUUAACACACAUUUAAAAUGCUUGAACUUCUUUUACACACGAGCUCAACCAAGACCGAAACAGUGGAUUUGUACUGCCAAAUGUACAAAUGCUUUCACACUGUAUGUCAGAACAGAUCACAUCAUGUUCUAAACCUAACUUAUAGGAUAAAGUCAAAGUGAACAGCUGUUCAUACUGUGAAUUGAAACACGUAUAUAUCCCCUGUAUUUUAUUCCACUGCUACUGAGAAACAGCUGAUUGAAGUUGGGCAAAUAGAUCAAUCACGGCUGAUUCCCAGCUAGGAAACACACUCAGGUGUUGAGCUUCUGUCAAUCGCAUGACCAUAUGGUAUACAGUAAAAGAGGACCUCUUUGGGCUGAUCUUGUGUGGAAAAGGAACAAUAUAGAGCAACAAAAAGUAAGAAAAAUGCCUGCACGAGGCAGAGGAAGACGAGUACCAGGACAAGGCAGAGGAAGACGAGUACCAGGACAAGGGAGAUGAGUGGGGCAAGGGCAAGGUUGAGGAAUACCUGGACGAGGACAAGGUAGAGAGAGAGGAGUUAGAAUGCGUGGUGGCGCACAGAGAAGGGCCAGAGCUAGGGUACCUGAUGAAAUAAGAGCUGCUAUCAUAGACCAUGUCAUAAUCCACUGGCUAUCAUACACAGAGGCUGGUGAAUGAGUACAACCAAAUCUCAACCAGGGGACACA